GUGCUCUCCACAAGUCGAUCUCCAUCAAUGCCCGUGCUCUGCGGCAGACUUUGCCCGUGGCUGGCGGGGCAAUCGUCACCUCGGAACGUCUAACAUGAACAUCUAGGACAGCCUCCUUUCCUUCUCUCCAGCAGAAAUGUCAGGAGUCUGCCGAGGACUCCAAUGGAUUAUGGGGGGCCUCGAGAGGUAGACACAGUCAUUGUUGGAAACGGUCCCUCCGCAUUGAUUCUGUCCUACAUUCUCCACGGCAAUAUUCCCUUGUACGACGACGCCAGUCCGCAUCCCGAUCGCUUUCUGCACGAGAAGCUGCUGCAUUGCCACCAUGGCGAUCGCGAUCUACUCGAUCUCGACAUCGAUGACUCGACCGACCACUUCGCAGCUUCGCGGUUCUCUUACUCGACACAGGCCCUGCCGGUCAAUGUCCUGCUGGACACACUCGUGCGGCCGCUGGGCGAGACAGACGAUACUUUGAAGCAGACAUGCGUGAAGUGGCGGCAUGAUCCUGUACGAGCAGUUCCGCACCUGGUUAUAGGCAAUACAAAGAAUGCGGGCGGACAAUGGGUUGACAAUCCUGUCCAUGCAAGCUGGGAUAUCGGGACGUUGAGUUAUGCGGGCAUGAUAUCGCUGCCGGGAUAUAGUUUCGAAGAGCACUACCACAAACAGACUGGCCAACCCAUGCCACUCUACUUGAGGCCUUCACGACGGAGAGUGGCAGACUAUCUUGCAGCAUAUGCUGAUCAGGUGGGCAUCGCCGACUCCAUACACAACGGGCAGCACGUUGCGGGCGUUCGCCGUCACGACAAUGGGUUUUAUAUCUCCUCCCACAACAUCUUGUGUAAGCACCUCGUACUCGCGUCGGGCAUUUUCAACAUCCUCAUCCGCCCACCACCUAUACUCGACUCUUUGAUGCAGCUGGGCGAUGCGAGCGGCACGUCACCGGACCCCAUCCUCGUCAUUGGCUCCGGCUUCAGUGCUGCCGAUGUCAUUAUCUCAACCUCUCGACGGCAGAAGAUCAUCCACGUAUACAAAUGGGCACCAACGACUUCUCCUUCCCCACUCCGAGCCUGUCAUCAGCAAGCAUAUCCAGAAUACGCGGGCAUUUAUCGCCGGAUGAAGCUUGCCGCCCUAUCAUCCUCAUCUUCCAAGGACAAACGCCCGCGGCCGUCAAGGUUACAAUCUGACUUCGACACCAGCCGCGACUGGAAAGCGACAUAUGAAGGCCUGGCGAACGCGGAGAUUGUCGACGUCCAACUUACAGACGAUGGUGCCGCUGCCGUCGUCACAUUUCGAAGCGGAGACGAGCCUACGUUCCGUCGCACCGUGAGCAGCCUCGCAUAUGUGGUUGGCAGGCGAGGUUCGCUAGAUUAUUUGUCUGAGCAGUUGCUGGCAGAAGUCCUUCCCACCAACGCUGCCCACGCGAUAUCUGGCCAGACGCUCCGCGAAAAAGCCCAUGACGACCUCGAAGUUGCGCCUGGUGUUUUCAUCACCGGGAGUCUGACGGGUGACUCGCUUAUUCGCUUCGCAUAUGGCGGAUGUGCGUAUGCUGCGGGCAAAAUCAUGAGGGGUCGGGCGAAUCAAACCGCUGGGGCGAAUGGCGCGGAAUAUGAUGGGAACAGUAACGGCAACACCAACGGCAACGCUAGAGUCCCCGACAGUGUCCCAGUACGCAUGAGAAGUCGACCACAAACACCUUCACCGAGAGUGCCGGCCAUGAAUGGGCUGGAUGGGCAUGAGGCGAGUCCGUUGCGACUGGGGGACGGCCUUCUGCCGCUCGAUAGACGGAAGGUUGAAGAAUAGAUGAGUGUCAUAUUGGGGGACAAUCUCGGUGUAGACGUGAAGCUAGAACGAAUAUGGGCAGUACCGAUUUCGUCAAGCCGAUAUAUGCCAGUGGAAGCUGUUAGCAU